GCUCUGUUAGGAGGAGAGCCUGAAGGAGCUGGGACUGUGAUGCUGAGAGAGGAGGAGACUGAGAGGUGACCUCAUCAGUGGUUAUCAAUAUGUACAGGGGACCUAUAAAUCACCCUCUGAUGAAGAGCUCCAGUCAAUGCCACAGCCACCUGAAGAAGGACAGGAGACACUUCCAGCCCUCCUGGAAACAAAAGAGAUGCUGCUGCCUGUGUUGUUCCUGUGUCUCACAGCUGUGCUGCCUGCAUCCACUGGACAGGAGCCUGAAGGUUUUGAUGCUCUGUCAACUAGGAAAGCAGAUCAGAAAAAGCUGAUUGUUGACAGCCACAAUGCCCUCAGGAGAGGAGUAAAACCAACUGCCAGCAACAUGCUGAAGAUGGAAUGGUCGCCCGCAGCUGCAAACAACUCCCAGAGCUGGGCCAGCCGAUGCACUUUAAACCACAGUCCUGCUAACAUGAGGAGAACCACUGUAGGAUGUGGGGAAAAUCUCUUCAUGUCAACUGCCCCAGUGCUGUGGUCAGCUGUGAUACAGGCCUGGUAUGAUGAGGAGAAAGAUUUCACCUAUGGAAGGGGAGUGAAAACCCCAGGUGCUGUGAUUGGCCACUACACUCAGGUGGUCUGGCACAACUCUCAUCUUGUGGGAUGUGCUGUUGCUUUCUGCCCCAAUGAAAAAUAUAGCUUCUUUUAUGUCUGCCAGUACUGCCCUGCGGGGAAUCUGCUAAGCUCCAUUCAGACACCCUACAAAGCAGGAGUGCCCUGUGGUGAUUGCCCUAAUGCUUGUGAGAAGGGAUUAUGCAUCAAGUCUUGAAAGUCUGAAGGUGUUUAUGCUGACUGCGUCGCCAGAGUCUCCCGGAUGCACCCACAGCUUCGGCAAGUUCCCCACCCUGACUCCUGCCAAUGCAAAACUGCAAGAGAUGAGCAAGUCCAAACCUUGCCUUCUGCUUACUGACCUCUCCCAUGCACACAGAAGGACCAGCAUCAAUUCGUUGACGCAAACAAGACAAAGCUGUAGGAGGAUGCAUGUGCUCUGUUUAUAAUGGUCUAGAAGGCAGUGGAGAUCUCGACUGAAAUUGAGCAUUUGGGCACCAGUUGCAGUUAAUGUUUAGCUUCUCUUGUGUCUCCUUUCCCAGAAAGUUAUCUAAGAAGUAUUGUUUAAGUGCCUGCGAUUCCAAAUAUUUCAGGUAGCUGAACCUGCUCUACAGUGGAAAAGAACCGUUUGAGAAGAGAGUUUGAUCCCCAAUACUGGACAGUUAAGGGGGCAGGUCCCUGCAGCUGGAAGCUUUGCUCUCCAUAGAGAUGUCUUGCAAAAUUAUGGUUUUAAUAUCAGCUUUUGCUGUACCAGUGAUUAAAUUACCUUCUCUUCACUAGCCA